AUGCCACUGUCCUGCAAGUGCAAUUCAGACAAUAUGUUAACCUCUUUGGUUCCCGAAACCUCAACAUCUAACCUAAAACAACCCGAAAAGCCCACAAAUCAACAAACCCAGAAACCCCCUAAAACUACACAUCUUUCUCAAGUCAUUCAGGAAUACAAAUCCAUAGCAAAAAUAGCCCUCCCCAUGAUCCUUACCGGCCUUUUACUUUACUCUCGCUCUAUGAUCUCCAUGUUGUUUCUUGGCGUGCUUGGCGACCUAGCCUUAGCCGGAGGUUCGUUAGCCGUUGGUUUUGCUAAUAUCACUGGCUACUCGAUCCUCUCCGGUUUAGCCAUGGGAAUGGAGCCCAUUUGUGGACAAGCUUUUGGCGCCAAAAAGUACAAAGUUCUUGGCCUUAGCUUGCAAAAAACAAUCCUUUUACUUAUUCUCACUUCAUUUCCAAUAGCUGUUUUGUGGGUCAACAUGAAAAAUAUUUUACUCUUAUGUGGCCAAGAUGAAUCCAUUGCAACACAAGCUCAAGCAUACUUGUUAUAUUCACUUCCUGAUCUUUUUGCUCAAUGUUUACUACACCCUUUAAGAAUCUACCUUAGAGCACAAUCUAUUACAUUGCCUUUAACAUUUUGUGCGGUCUUUUCACUUCUUCUGCACAUACCCAUAAAUUAUCUUCUUGUUUCAAGGCUUGGUUUAGGUAUCAAAGGUGUUGCACUAAGUGGUGUUUGGACUAACUUCAAUCUUGUCGGAUCAUUAAUUGUCUACAUAUUUUUCUCCAAAGUUUAUGAGAAAACAUGGGGAGGGCUAUCCAAGGAGUGCUUGAAGGACUGGAAAUACUUGCUGAAUUUGGCCGUUCCUAGCUGCAUUUCGGUCUGUCUUGAAUGGUGGUGGUACGAAAUCAUGAUUUUGCUCUGUGGAUUAUUGUUGAACCCUAAGGCAACAGUUGCUUCAAUGGGGAUUUUGAUACAAACCACUGCAUUAAUCUACAUAUUCCCAUCUUCUGUUAGUUUCAGCGUUUCAACCAGAGUAGGCAAUGAAAUAGGCGCCGGCCGGCCGGAAAAUGCGAAACGUGCAGCUAUUGUAGGCCUUUCCAGCAGCUUCAUACUAGGGUUUUCAGCACUGUUUUUCACAGUAUCAGUAAGGAACAAUUGGGCUAAACUUUUCACUCAUGACAGAGAGAUUAUUGCAUUGACAUCAUUAGUUUUACCAAUUAUAGGAUUCUGUGAACUUGGAAACUGCCCACAAACAACAGGCUGUGGGGUGUUGAGGGGAACAGCUAGGCCUAAAGUUGGAGCAAACAUUAAUUUGGGAUGCUUCUACCUUGUCGGAAUGCCAGUGGCAGUAGGUUUAGGGUUCUUCCUUAACUUUGAUUUUGAAGGGCUGUGGCUAGGACUUUUGGCUGCACAGGCCUCAUGUAUGGUGACAAUGAUGGUGGUUUUGCUUCUUACAGAUUGGGAAUUUGAAUCCAAGAAAGCCAAAGAACUCACUGGAUCAUCCAUUGUCGAAGACACUGAAGAAAUUGAGGAAGAGAAGCCACUUCAUGCGCAGGACUCGACCGUAUAA